AUGUUAGCAAUGAAAAACCAAACCCUUCUGACAGAAUUCAUUCUCCUGGGACUAACAGAAAUCCCAGAGAUCCAAUUUGUAGUCUUUCUAUUUCUCUUCCUCACCUACAUAUUCAGCAUCAUUGGAAACCUCACAAUCAUCACACUUACACUACUGGACUCACACCUCCAGACUCCCAUGUAUUUCUUCCUCCGGAAUUUCUCCUUCCUAGAAAUUUCCUUUACAACCACCUUUACUCCUAGGCUGCUGUUCAGCAUCACAACUGGCAACAAGAGCAUUAGCUUUGCUGGCUGCUUCACUCAGUAUUUCUUUGCCAUCUUCUUUGGAGCCACAGAGUUUUACCUUCUGGCUGCCAUGUCCUAUGACCGCUAUGUGGCUAUAUGCAAACCCCUGCAUUACAUGACCAUUAUGAGCAACAGAGUCUGCAUUCAGCUGGUUUUCUUCUCUUGGUUGGCUGGAUUUCUAAUCAUCAUAUCCCCAAUCAUCCUGACCAGUCAGCUGGAUUUCUGUGCCUCCAACAUACUGAAUCAUUAUUAUUGUGACUACGGACCCCUGCUAGAAAUAUCUUGCUCAGACACAAGACUCUUAGAGCUGGUUGACUUUAUCUUAGCAGCUGUGACGUUGGUGGUCACCCUGGUGCUGGUGAUUCUCUCCUACACAAGCAUCAUCUGGACCAUCCUCAAGAUCCCAUCUGCUCAGCAAAGGAAAAAGGCCUUUUCCACAUGUUUUUCCCACAUGAUUGUCAUUGCCCUUUCUUAUGGCAGCUGCAUCUUCAUGUAUAUAAAACCCUCAGCCAAAGAAGGAGUUGCCUUCAAUAAGGGGGUAGCUGUGCUCAAUACCUCAGUUGCCCCUUUAUUGAACCCAUUCAUUUACACUUUAAGGAAUAAACAAGUAAAACAGGCCUUCAAGGAUGUCAUCAAAAAGGUUAUGAGCAUUUGGUGA